AUGUUGCUCAGGAAGGAUAAUACAGGAACCCUGUUCGAGUCCGAGACUGAAUAUCCAAAAGAUGGGACGCAGUCUACCUUUCGCUUUGCAGAUGAAUUCAGUGUGCUAAUUCAGCUGCGGAGCUCUCAGGAAGUGGACAGAAGUGUGUUGACUCUGCUGAACUUCUAUAAUGAUAUUUUACUCCAGAUCCGUGUAGGCCCAGACAGCAUCACUUUCAUCACCACACAGCAGCGGGACUAUGAGUUUUCAGUGUCAGGACUGUCUGACUCUCUGUGGCACUGGAUCUCAGUGGGAGUUUCAUUUGAAUGGCUGGCUGUAUAUGUGGACUGUGUGCUGGUGGAGAAAGUGAGCUGGAUGUACCCUUACAUGGGCAUCACUACAGAUGGCUUGCUGAUAGUUGGUGGCAUCCUGGAAGGGUUUGAGACACCUUUUGAGGGAGAAUUGAGACAGAUGACCUUCAUAAUGGGAGAUGCAAAUGCUGCCAAGGAUCACUGUUCUCUCCAUCAGCAUAUGUGUGAACCUAAAAAAAGGCCCUUGUUGUCCUCAUCUGGCUUAACGAACAGAACCACCCCGUCCAAGCCCUCCACAUUCACAGACGAGACUGUCGAAGUAGAGUCGGUUCCAGAACUCAGGCCUGAACUCAGAGAAACACAUGGUUUGAACUCCAGUGUCUCCUCUCAGAAUGAAGAUCUCCGUGGGGAAUCUUAUCCUUACAGAACUUCAAAGCAUUCAGUUCAUGGCUUUGUAGUGGUGGAAGAGUCUGACCUUCUCACAUCUCCGCUUAUUAGAACACAUAGCAGGUAUAAGGACACCAGUGACAAAAAGAUCCAGUCCACCUCUUUCAAAUCCUCAGAGGAGAACCUCAGCUCUCAAAAACUGAAAGCAGAUUUGGGUGAAGACCUUUUGGAGUUGAUUCCUUUGAAGUCCUCUGAGGACAUCACUGAUUUGGAUUCUAUGUUGAAUGUGAAGCGGUCAGGCAGUCAAAAGAAUCUGGUCAGAUCUACAGUUCAUUCAGAACAUGAGUUAAACCAGCUGACUGAAGAAGGUUAUUUACUUACUUCUGGGACCUCCAGUAAAGUAUCCCAACAGGCUUUGGUUGAUGACCUCUCCCAAAGAGGCCAUGGAACACCAGCUGGCAUUGGUCAAACUGAUAACAGUCUCUCAAGCACGGCAAGAGUUGCACCUAAACAUGGUGAUGUUGUAGUAGGCUUGGAUGGAAGGAGAUACAGCCUUCUUGCUGGACACCCAGGGCCUUUUGGACCUCCAGGGAAAAGAGGGUGUGCAGGUAAAAUGGGCUAUAUUGGAUACAAAGGUGAUAAGGGUUCUCCAGGAGUCAGAGGAGCAGAUGGGCCCAGAGGCAUGACAGGAUCACCAGGCCCACCCGGACUCCCUACACUUUACCUUUGGAGGAAUACAGAGGAGGACUGGACUGCAUUCAGGAGAACACCUUAUUAUCAGCUUCUGGCAGCUGGAUGGCCUAGAGAAAUAGGCCUCCCUGGACCAAUGGGUGAGAGAGGGAGACCUGGGCUACCUGGGUUAUCCGGAGAUCCAGGCCAGGCAGGACCACCAGGUCGCAGAGGCGAUAUGGUAACUUGGUCUUAAUUUGUAUUUGUACUUUAAACUGCUUUGUCUGUGCGUACUGUAUAUUUAGAAUAUCAAUUAGAGUUAGACAUGACAGGUUUUUCCAACACAAAUGAUUUAAAGUUAACAUGACACUUGUAUGCAAAGGGAUGGGAGUGCUGUCGGCACACUCCUGCAUCAGGAAAUGAUUGGAUUGUGAAAAGUGGGCAUUACAUACCAAAAUGGAGCCAGGUGGUUUGCCACCUGACUUUCUGUUCCAGUUGCUGCCGGCA